AGUAAAUAAUACUGGUUUGUUUGCCUAUUUAAAGUUGGUACUGUAGCCGAACCGCAGUGUUUUAUCAUAAGAGGACACUGCUUUUUACUAUCACUACCGUAAAUCAAUUAACGGGAUGGAAACAGAUCUUUACAUCUUAUUUGCUUUGUAAAUAUCCACGAUUGACAUAACAUUAUUGUAUUUGCUAAAAACGGACUGGGAAUUACUCGGAUAGAUCAGCGGAGCAUCACAAAGGGUUAAUAUCUGCAUGUUGCAGGAAAAAAACCUAUUAUUGAUAUUACCACCAUAACUUUGUGAGAGAAGAAAACAGUUUCCUGAAGGAUUUAAUUCGAUUUGUCAUUUAGGCGUUUGGGUUUUACACCUCUCAAAAAGUUGGGUUUUUUGCGAACAAUUGAAUGUCGAAGAAUUAACAUGGCAUCCAUGAGAACUCACAUGCGGCCGCUGCAUACGUCACUUGCCCUGUUUGGAUUAUCGCAUGGAUCCAAUUCAAGCCUUGUUGAACCCGCUAAAGCUUUUGAUGCCAAAGCAAACAGCAAAACUCCACACUUACUGUCAAAAGUGAAGAAAGUUUACUGCAUCUUUGUUUGCUGUGUUUUAAGUCUGAACGUUCUCCGUUAUAUCCCAAGCUUCUGGGUGGGGAUCGAUUUUGUCCCGCACCCCACCGCAUUAAGAAUCGUGGUUCUUGUCUGGUUCAUAGAAAACGCCGUCAACUGUAUCGUUCUCUUCGUUUUCUUUGAGAACAAGAAUCAUUUUGAGCGUUAUGUCCAACAGUACAUCACGGUGAUAAGUGACGACAUUUCAAAGUAUCUAAAAACCAACCCAGCAUGUCAGAAAGCCAAAAGAAGCAUGGUCCGAGCUCUGGUGGUCGGGUGGAUUAUGGUCAUCUUCAAUGCCGUGACAGUUGGUUUUCUGCUUUUCUCGAACCUGACGCCCGAUGUGACAGUGACCCUAUGUAACCCUCUGUCUCACAAAUCUAUUCCUGUGAAGAUCUUCAUAUCCGUUCUCUUUUUGCUUUUAUCGGGAGUGUGGGUUUUCCCAGUGGUUCUCCAUUAUUCGUUAACCACUGCUAUCGAGAUACGAUUUCAGGAACUUCACGAAGUCAUUGAAAACACAGCGUUAGAAGACUGUCCGAACAGGUUCGAGACGUUGAAGUGUGUUCGAUACAAACACUUGCAAUUAUGUAAGAUGGUGGAAACUGUGGACCAAAGUUUGAGCUACUAUGUGGCAAACGUUUAUCUGUUAAGUAUUGGAACCGCGUGCUUUUUAAUCUAUGACCUGAUUAGUAAAGUGAGCGGUGAUCCAAACAUAACACAGAUGGUUGUGUCAUUAUUCUGGCUGGCGAGUUCUUUUAUCAUACCAUUUAUUAUCUCUAUAAAAUCUGCGAAAGUGCACGAAAAGGCCCAUGGUCUCUCUUCGUUGAUAAUGGAUGUCAAUUUGGACGGAGCUACAAUGCAGGAUCUUGCGCACAUUAACCUGUUGGUGGCCAAACUUCACGGUCCGUCCAUCGGUCUGUCAGUACUCGGUAUUAUAACCAUCACCAAGGAAAUGAUUCUAACGCUCGCUGGAGUUUUCAUGACAUACCUCUUUUUGCUGAUUCAGUUUAAAAUAUAGCAUCAUCAUUUCACCACCAAGAUAAAAAGGAAUCAUUCGACACAUAUAAAUGACGUAAUCAAGAAUUGUAACAGCAUGAAGUUAGCCAACAAAAUUAUAAUAAUUAUUAAAUUUUUCUCAUAGUCAAACUCUGUUUAUAUACAUUUGUAUACAGGUUGUUCAAACCAAGCUUUACUAAAGAGUUCCGCACAGUAUGGAAAUAAAAUUCCUAUCAUUUAAAUGUUUGCCAUUAAUUGUAUCAAAACCAGUCAUUUAACAAUUAAAAUAACAUUGAAUUUUACAAACUUCAAACGUAACAUCAAGCAUAUUCAAUUUUUUUUUUUUACAUUAGUCUUACACGAUAUAAGUAAUUAAGCAUGUAUAUAGAACUAAACAAUGUUCUGUUGUGACUUUGUCAUUUUUGAAAAUAUUUAUAUUUUGGAAAAGUUCAGUAAUUCAUUGUAAUACUUGUUAAAAUCAUGUGCGUUUAUUUGUGUAUUAUACUCCUUGAAAUAAACACAGAUUGUUCAUCUUGCUAUAAAUAUCAUUAUAUGCAUGCGUUUAUAAGCGUUUCAUAAAGCAUUUGCACAUUUUAAAUUUUUUUUAACUUGAAAACGUUUUCUUUUAAGUUAAUAAAAUCUAAAAAUGA